UCAGUAACCUUGGCAACAAGAAUUUAGGCAGUUGGGGAGGCAGUAAACGUUUUUACGCUUUGUACGUACCUUGGAAAACUUUCGUCUUUCUAAUAAAAAACAAGGUUUUUGUGGAUACACGUCAACGAACAACUAGUAAAAACUUUUACUAGUUGUUCGCUGACAACUAGUAAACGCUUUUUACUAGUUGCUACACGUCAGUUGUUCGCUGACGUGUAGCUAAUGACGUGUUGUGAGGACAGUGACCUCCUGGUGACCCCAACAAGGCGAUCUCUGACAAGCAAGGGAUAUAAAGUAAAAUGUUUGAGAACAUACUGAAUAUGAAUGCAUGCGACGGGAUCAGACUUUCAACUAUUUUUAAAAGAAUCUCACUGGUCUAAAAGAAAAUACAUGGUCAGAACUGAAAAGUCGUGUGCAGCAGGCGGCAACCUGUUUCACCCAAAUCAUAUAAUUUGAAAGGUAAUUCUACCAAAUAAUAUAAGGACAUUUAUGUCAAAGGUAAAGGUAACAUCCAAAAAUGUCUCAUUCCAACAUUUAUUGUUUAAUCUAUUUCAAUGCCAAACGGUAGGGAAGGGAAGAGUGUUUGUCCUUGUUCCAUUUCUUGUUAAUGGAACAAGAAAAGAUCAUUCGAGCAGUCGGGCUGUUUUGGAUUUUAAUGUUGUUUUGAUCAUUGUACACCUCAACAACAUUUAAACGUUGUGGGGGUUGGAACUAAAAAAACAAUUAUGUGAAAACAAUGACAUUAAAGAGGGAUGCUUAAAUUUAACUUGUCGGGAUUCGAAAUCAUCUUCAAAACUGAAGGAUGCUCCAGAUUUGACUUAUACGUGAAGCGGGGCGCGUCUUUACGUGGAGACAACUCCGCCCAUUCCUGACUUACAGCUGGCCGCCGUCUCUAAGCAACCAGCUGCCCAGCAGUGGGCUCUGCAGGCCGCAGCGUCCCGGAGCGAACCGAGAAGUCAGCUCUUCAAAGGGACUAAAGGUUAUGGACUGGAGCUCAAAUUGAGCCAAGGCCGCCAUGAAUGACCGGUACCACCGGGCGGCCCGGGACGGCUACCUGGACAUCCUGAAGGAAGCCACUCGUAAGGAGCUGAACGCCCCGGACGAAGAUGGGAUGACGCCGACCUUAUGGGCCGCUUACCACGGCAACCUGGAGGCUCUACGGCUCAUCGUUGGCAGAGGAGGUGAUCCAGACAAAUGUGACAUCUGGGGGAACACGCCACUCCACCUGGCAGCUGCCAACGGCCACCUCAGUUCGCUCUCCUUCCUGGUAGCUUUCGGUGCCAACCUUUGGUGUCUGGACAAUGACUAUCACACACCUCUGGACAUGGCAGCCUCCAAGGGCCACAUGGAUUGUGUGCGAUAUCUGGACUCCACCGCCUCCAAGCAGAUCACCCUCAACCCGAAGCUGGUCAGUAAGCUGAAAGACCGAGCAUUUCGGGCUGCGGAGCGUCGCAUCAAAGACUGUGAGAAGCUCCAAAUGAGGCACCGGGAGCGCAUGGAGAGGAAGUUCAUGAAGGAGUCAGUGGCUCUGGACAACCUGGAUGCUAUUAGCUUCUCCAGCUACACCAGCAGCAGCACGCUAAGCCGCAAGUUCAACACAGUCACCUCCAACAUGCCAUAUUCACAGGUGGUUAUGAGUCAGAUGUAAAUAAGCAUAAUAUUAUAUGUCUUCUAAAUGCUAAUAAUGGUUUUUAUGAGAAAAAUUUAGAUUAUAACCAAUUUUUCUUUACUAUGUACUUAUUGUUAAGAACUUGAUGACGUUAAGAACUUGAUGAAGACGUAGCCCACACACCCAAGGUUUUGUUUGAGCAAUGGAAACUGGUUGUUUUUGACUGGUUAGCUU